AUGUCAAUGACUCCUCUGGGCCCCAAGCAGCUGGCCAAGGAGUUUGGGACACCUGGCGCCGCCAUGUCAGUGGAUCCUACCCCGGAGAGGGUGCAGGAUGAUUGGUGGUGCGAUGGGUCCUGGCAUCGGGGCUGGGAUCAUGGUUGGUAUGGCUACACCCCAGUGUCCUGGAACGGCUGGUGGGCUGGCCGGGGCUGGGAUGACGACGACUCUUGGAGUGCAACUUCGUGGCAAAGCUCCUCUACGGACACGUGCCGCUGGGAAAGGAAGGAUCCAACCAUCCAUCGGAUGACGAGCCACCUCCAGUCAGACAAGAGUCUGAGUCGAGAUUCCUUGGACGUUCUGCUCGAAAAGGCCUACGAGGGUUACUCGGAUGAGAGUGAUCCCGAUGCGGCCCCUCGGUCUGAGGGCAAGGAGUCGCGAGGCUCCUUGAAAAGCCUCGAUUCGGCAACCACCCUGGAAUUGGGAAGCAUGAGCAGGGAAAGCUUGGAGGAUGAGGUCCCGGACACCAUCGUGGACAAGGGGAUUGAGCUUGACGAUGGCUUGGCCGACAAGCUCCAGAAGAUCACAGUUCAGGAGGACGGCAGUGCUCUGCCGACCACGGUUCAGGAGGGUGAGAAGCAAGUCCCGCAGAACACGGUUCAGGAAGCCGAGAAGCAAGUCCCACAGAGCACGGUUCAGGAGAGUGAGAAGCAAGUCCCACAGAGCACGGUUCAGGAAGCGGAGAAGCAAGUCCCACAGAGCACGGUUCAGGAAGCCGAGAAGCAAGUCCCGCAGAGCACGGUUCAGGAAGCCGAGAAGCAAGUCCCGCAGAGCACGGUUCAGGAAGCCGAGAAGCAAGUCCCGCAGAGCACGGUUCAGGAAGCCGAGAAGCAAGUCCCGCAGAGCACGGUUCAGGAGCCUGAGAAGCAAGUCCCGCAGAGCACGGUUCAGGAGCCCCAAAAGCAAGUCCCGCAGAGCAAUCCGCCGGUUCAGGAAAGCCCACAGCAAGUCCAGAUGCAGAGCGGUGCAGACACGGCUGCUGGAGGUGGACAGAUGGUCAAGCAGGAGCCGGAGUGCGACGAUUGGCGAAGGGACAAGUACGGGAAGUUGCUAGGUCCAGCUGCUCUCUAUGCCCGAUUCUAUCGCACUGGGAGGAGCCUGUCCGAGAGAUCCAAGCGGUGCAAAGAGAUUUACAGCUGGCGGACUCUAAGGGCCCUCCGCUUGGAGUUAGGCGACGACCUCGCUAACGACCUCUACGCACGCCACAAAGAGCUGGACAGCAGGUUAACGGGAAAACUCCUUCGACCCCAUCCUAACUUUAGCAAAGACAUGACUUUGCUGAAGGUCUUUGACACGAUCAAGGAUAUCGCCGACAAGAAGUUCACGAACUCCGCCGACAUGCAGAUCGAAGCAAACGAUGUGGACGAGAACGAUGUGCACAAAGCGAUGGAUGCUUUGCUCGAUGAAGAGAUGCCGGAGUCGAGCCUGCAGCCUGGGAAGCCCGAGAACAGCGAUAACAAAAAGCCGAAGCCGAAGCCCAAGAAGGAAAAAACGUGGAGGGAGAAGGCCCAGGAAGCGGACAAGCGGGCCAACAAGGAGAUCAUCGACUAUGCUGGCUUCAAGCAGAUCCUGUCCUCGCCGGCUGCUGGUGUGGCGAGCAACAUGAAGGCCGCCAUUUUGGCGGAUGUGGAUCCCGCCAAGAUCCACCUGGAGCAGGUCAAGUAUAAGGUGGCAACCGCAAUCGGGCAGAAGGUUUCGGAAGUAAAGAUGGAGCCCCUUUUCCGUGAGCUGGAGGCCGCAUUGCAAAAGUUCAAGACGGUUUCCGAGCCAGUUCGUGCGGCUGAGAGGAAGGUAGCUGCAUCAGAAAAGCCUCCAAAGGCUACCGCAAAAGCCAAGGCGAAGGGUACGGCAGCAAAGUAG